AUGGCCCCACUCAAGAUCGUGUUGAAUGGAACAUCGUCCAUCACCCGGCAGCCGGAACGCGGUGCCCUCAACUUCAUCGUCAAGGCGAGUGGGCCAAACCGAGAAAGCGUGUCCAAGGAGGUGAGCGAGACAUCCAAUGAGAUCAACCGGCUUUUCAAAGAUCUGUCCCCCAAAACGGAGACCGGCGAAACAAUCGCAGGCUCACCAGUGACCUCUUUCUCUUCCACCUCGCUACAAACACGAUCUCAAGUACCGAUGAAUAAGUCGGGCAAUCCUCUACCUACAGUCUACUAUGCGACUCUGUCGCUCAACGCAGUCUUCCAGGACUUCAAGAAGCUUGACGAGAUUGUCGGAAAGCUGAUUUCUUACCCUAAUGUCGAGAUCCUGUCCCUGGAUUGGUAUCUUACCGAGGCCACCCAAAAGGCCCUGAGUUCCGAAGCUCGCACGGAGGCAAUGAGCGACGCCGUCCGAAAAGCAAACGACUACUCUAGGGUCAUUGGACGAGUAGUCGAAGCGGUGGAUAUCAGGGAGUCAGCGGGCGGAGUACGGUUUGGAAUGAAUUCUGGGCUGUACAAUCCAUAUAUGCAGAACCAGAUGAGGAUUCAGGGAAUGCAGCAACCUCAGCAAAUGCAGCAAAUGCAGCAACAACAUGUGGCUCAGUCUAACAUAGCUCCACCGGUUGUAUUCCCCGACCCUGAUUCCAACUUGGACUCUGAUUCAGGUGCUUCCACGGCAUUUAGUUUGAGUCCGCAGUUGAUUCGGUACACGAAUUCUGUGGAUGUUGAAUUUCAGGCUGCCGACAAUUGA